UAAUAUGAGAAAAAAUGAAUUUAUGAAUGAUGAAAUUAGAAAACAUUGGUUUGCCAAUUGCAGAUCAAUUUCAGAGUUCGAAAGAUUGGACAAACUAGGAGAAGGAACGUAAUAAUUAUUGAUUUUUAACUAAGUUAUGGCACUGUCUAUGCUGCCAAAGAUAAAAAGAAAAAUUAAGUAGUUGCUAUCAAAAAAGUUAAAAUUCAUGAUAGUAAUGAAGGGUUUCCUAUAACAUGUUUGAGAGAAAUCAAAAUAUUGUAAAGAUUAUCAGCACAUCCAAAUGUUGUCAAUUUAUUAGUAAAUAAAUUCUUCAUUUUUAGGAAGUAGCUGUGGGACCAAUCAAAGACAGCAUUCAUCUUGUAUUUGAAUACUGUGCCAUAGACUUAGCCAUUCUAGUAGAUAAUAUGUUCAUAGGUACAAUUUUAAUAAUCAAUAGAUAAUUAUUCUUUUCGUGAAAAUGAGAUUAAAUGCAUAGUCCUUUAACUCUUGAAUGGACUUGCCUACAUUAACUCCAACUUCAUUUUACAUCGAGACAUCAAAUUGUCUAAUCUCCUAUUGACUAAUGAUGGCAUUGUUAAAAUUGCAGAUUUUGGUCUGGCCAGAGAAUUUGGUAAUCAUUAUUUACUACAAUUUCAGAAAUCCCAUAAAAAAAGUAUACGAAUCCAGUAGUCACACUUUGGUACAGAGCCCCAGAACUUCUGUGUCAGAUGAAUAACUAUAACACUGCCAUCGACAUAUGGUCAGUUGGGUGUGUUUUUGCAGAACUAAUCAAUCGAGGGUUUCCAAUUCUCUAAGUUAUUUUGAUAUCUAUCCAUAGGGUAAAUCUGAAAUUCAUCAAUUGCAAUUAAUGUGUGAAAUGUUGGGGUAUCCAAAUGCUUCAGUUUGGCCAGACUUACACAAAAAUGGAAACAAAUAAAUCUUGAAAGAACUAGAAAAGUUUUAACAUUGCCGACCAAAUCUGUAAAAUGUGAUUAAGGAUGCAUCUCCUUAAGCCUUAGAAUUGAUCUCAAGAAUGUUAACUUGGGAUCCAGAAGUAAAAGUUGUAUUUAAUCUUACUAGAAACGCAUAGGAGUUAUGGAAAGUUUAUUACAUGAAUAUUUCUACACCAAUCCUAGGCCAUCUAUGCCUGAAGAACUAUCCAUUUUAAGACAAUUAGAUUAAUUUAAAAAAAAGAAUGCUGAUAAAGCUGAAAAAAAAAUUAAAAUUAAAUGAUUUCUUUAUAUUCUUAUGCAUUUUAUGUCUAG